AUGGCUGUUAGCACCGAAAACUUACCGCCCUGGGAUGGGGACGACUAUGUGUCAAGCUUCAGCACUCGAUUCCCGAGGGCAACAAGACAAGAUGGUCAUGCGUUUUCCAAGUCGCUGCCAAACUUCUCACUUCCAACGCCGCUCAUUCUGUCAUCAUUUCCAGCUGUGUUUACCUACGGCGAAGACAGAAAGAUUAGGCCGGAUAUUGACCACUUCGCAUUGAUACACGCUAAGACGCCCAGUGGGAUCGCAACAGACCCCAGACCGACCUCGCCGUCCAAUGUUCCAACCCGGGUUCACAGUCUCACCAGGAGUAUCAGUCAUUCUUUCAAUGCCAUAACUGGGACUGGACCAGCAGAGCAAGAGUCUACUUCACACAAUCGCAGCCGGCGUGCUUCGUACCACGAAAUUGUUAUCCAAGGAUAUGGGAAUGGAACCAACGAUGUCCACCCCGUAAAUAGUGAGCCAACACUAGAUAACGUGCCGCCUCAGUCCUUUGCCGACGUUACGAAGGCAUCCGAUACCCGAGUCGCUGAACAGGGUAUCAGGACGCAAGGUGUUACGCUCCGCUCACCGUCGACCGCAUCCACGUCAUCCAAUAACACUACCGGAUCUAGUACGACAAGCAGGAAGACGGCUGUUUCUGCGUCUUCGACAGCGCCAAGCUUCUGUGGCUCACCAACAUCUCAAAAAGCCUUAGUGAUUGGAGAAGAAAUGUUGUGCGAUAUGCCACUAGGAAGCAAUGAUAUGGCACCUCCGCUCCCUCGCAGAAGCAGUCGACGGAGACCGAGCGAAUGCCACCCUGACCCCCUGAGAAUCCGAAAAACCCAGUCGACAACCUCCCUUGAUAUUCUUGGAAGGGACGACAAUGAGCCCAGAUGCUUGUCCACGUACGAGACGGGUAACGACCCAUGGGCACAGUACGCAGAUGUGGGUGGGUUGAGGGACUUGGAGGUGAAGACUCUGGUAUGA